GCGCUGAGUCCGCCCGCCCGCCCCGUCCAGCCGCCGCUCCCCAUGCGGGCCGCGCCGCCGCUCAGGAUGAUGCCGCGCCCGCUGGGCAGCAGCACGGCCUUCAGCAUCGACGCGCUCAUCGGCAGCCCGCCGCCGCCCAGCCCGGGACACUUCGUCUACGCCGGCUACCCCAUGUUCAUGCCCUACCGGCCCGUCGUGCUGCCCCCGCCGCCGCCGCCCCCGCCGCCGCCCCCGCCGCCCGCCCACCCGCUGCCCAGCCUGCCCGGCGGCUUCUGCUCGGGGCUGGCGCAGGGCAUGGCCCUCACCUCCACCCUGGUGGCCGCCCUGCCCCCCUUCGCCGCCCAGCACCAGGAGGCCGCCCGCAAGUUCGCCCCGCCGACCGCCCUGCCCGCCACCUUCGACAAGGCCGACGGCGCCGAGGCCGAGGACGGCAAGGCCUUCCUGGCCAAGGACGCCGCGCUGCUCUCCUUCUCCGCCGCCGAGGCCGUGCAGGCGUCUCUGGGGGCCGCCCGGGGCGCGUCGGCCAAGGACGAGGCGAAAGGCGGCGUGGGCGGCGAGGAGGAGUGCAAAGGCAAGGAGGAGAGCUUCUCCAUGGACAGCGACCUGGACUACAGCUCCGACGACAACCUGCCCGGCCCGGCGGCGCACAAGGAGGACGAGGCGGGCGGCGGCCUGGAGGAGGGCGGCCCGAGCGCGGCGGCCGCCAACAGCACCACCUCGACGGGCAAGAACCGGCGGCGGCGCACGGCCUUCACGAGCGAGCAGCUGCUGGAGCUGGAGAAGGAGUUCCACUGCAAGAAGUACCUGUCGCUGACGGAGCGCUCGCAGAUCGCGCACGCCCUCAAGCUCAGCGAGGUGCAGGUCAAGAUCUGGUUCCAGAACCGGCGCGCCAAGUGGAAACGGGUCAAGGCCGGCAACGCCAACUCCAAGACGGGCGAGCCCUCGCGGAACCCCAAGAUCGUGGUGCCCAUCCCCGUCCACGUCAGCCGGUUCGCCAUCCGCAGCCAGCACCAGCAGCUGGAGCAAGCCCGGCCCUGA